UGCCAUGACUACAGGGAAGCCGAGUUUUGGCUCAAGGUACAGAGAACUUUCUAAUGCUUUUGCUCCGUUCAGAAAUGGGCUGGAACGCCUUCCGAGGUGGCGAGCUCUCUGUCACUGUCAUGUGCCAACGGAAGGCUACCUGACCACCUGUCAGGGUGUGGUAUUGGGCGUUCAUCUGGAAGGUCACUCCCAGCUCUGAGACUGAUAAAGGAAGGACGAGAGGGUGCUUGGAGCACUAGAGAGACUAGACAGACGCAGGAGACACAUCCCUGAGCCGAGCCUGAGCACCCUGAAGCAAUGGUGCCUGGGCAGGAGCUGUCAGUCCAACACAGAAGCACGAGCAGAGCAGGAACAAAAUGUUUCCCUCUGUCGAGCUUUCCCUGAAGGCCUGAAAAAGGAUCGUCCUCGCUGCCAAGAAUCCUCCCCGUUGGCUUUCCUUGGCCUUUUGAAGAACUCCAACAAGCAGAGGGACAGAAGCCCUGCUGCAAGCUUUUCCUGCUCCCCAGCUCUCCUCCCUCCCCUCUUCCUCUCGCCCUCCCUCCCUCUCCCUUGCCUCUUCUCCGGUUUCCAGCUUGGGCCCUCGCAGCAAAGGCAGAAAUGCAGAAGAGCCAGCCACCCCCCACCUGCCUGGUGGAGAAUGCGGAGGCCGAGCUUUCCGAAAGCCCCAUGGUGAGGUCCUCCUAUCUCAUGGAGCCAGGCACUGAUGAUGGAGGCGACUAUAUUAUCAGUGACUUGAGGGUGGCCAGCCCAGACUCGGGGGAUGGGAGCUCCCCCUUGAGUCCCACCAGACCCUCCUGGGAAAUGAAUUAUCAAGAGGCAGCAAUCUACCUCCAGGAAGGUGAAAAUAAUGACAAGUUCUUCACUCACCCCAAGAAUGCCCAUGCUCUGGCUGCCUACCUUUUUGUCCACAACCACCUGUUCUACCUGAUGGAGCUGACCACGGCUUUGCUCCUGCUGCUGCUCUCUCUCUGCGAGGCUCCUGCUGUCCCUGCUCUCCGACUUGGCAUUUAUGUGCAUGCCACCCUGGAGCUGUUCGCCCUUAUGGUGGUGGUCUUUGAGCUGUGCAUGAAGAUGCGAUGGCUGGGCUUCCACACCUUCAUCCGGCACAAGCGUACCAUGGUCAAGACUGUGGUGCUGCUGGUCCAGUUUGUCGAAGCCAUCGUGGUGCUGGUUCGUCAGACAUCGCAUGUGCGGGUGACCCGCGCCCUGCGCUGCAUCUUCUUGGUGGAUUGCCGAUACUGCGGUGCUGUCCGUCGCAACCUGCGGCAGAUCUUCCAGUCUCUCCCUCCCUUCAUCGACAUCCUCCUCCUGCUACUCUUCUUCAUGGUGAUCUUUGCUAUCUUGGGAUUUUAUUUGUUCUCCCCAAAUUCCUCAGACCCGUACUUUAGCACCUUGGAGAACAGCAUUGUUAGCCUCUUCGUCCUGCUCACCACAGCUAACUUCCCAGAUGUCAUGAUGCCCUCAUACUCACGGAGCCCCUGGGCCUGCGUCUUCUUCAUCGUGUACCUCUCCAUCGAGCUCUACUUCAUCAUGAACUUGCUCCUGGCUGUCGUGUUCGAUACAUUCAAUGACAUCGAGAAGCGCAAGUUCAAGUCUCUGUUGCUUCACAAGCGCACGGCCAUUCAGCAUGCGUACAGCCUGCUCCUCAGCCAGCGGAGGCCCUCUGGGAUCUCCUUCCGGCAGUUUGAAGGCCUAAUGCGGUUUUAUAAGCCCCGGAUGGGGGCUCGGGAGCGCUAUCUCACUUUCAAAGCUCUGAAUCAAAGCAAUACCCCUCUGCUCAGUCUGAAGGAUUUUUAUGAUAUCUAUGAAGUUGUUGCCUUAAAAUGGAAGGCAAAACGCAAUAAAGAACACUGGUUCGAUGAGCUUCCCCGCACAGCCUUCCUCAUUUUCAAAGGCAUUAAUAUCCUAGUGAAAUCCAAAGGCUUCCAGUAUUUCAUGUAUGUGGUGGUAGCUGUCAAUGGUAUAUGGAUCCUCGUGGAAACUUUCAUGCUGAAAGGUGGAAACUUCUUCUCCAAAAACGUGCCCUGGAGUUACAUUGUCUUCCUCACCAUCUAUGGGGUAGAACUGCUUCUGAAGACCACGGGUUUGGGGCCUGUGGAAUAUCUCACCUCUGGAUGGAACCUUUUUGACUUCUCUGUAACGGCAUUCGCCUUCCUGGGACUCUUAGCCUUGGCUUUCAACAUGGAGCCCUUCUAUUUCAUCGUGGUCCUACGCCCACUCCAGCUCCUGAGGUUGUUUAAGUUGAAAAAGCGGUACAGGAAUGUGCUGGACACCAUGUUUGAGCUGCUCCCCCGCAUGGCCAGCCUGGGCCUCACCCUGCUCAUUUUUUACUACUCCUUUGCCAUCGUGGGCAUGGAGUUCUUCUAUGGAAUCCUCUACCCCAACUGCUGCAACACCAGCACAGUGGCCGAUUCCUAUCGCUGGAUCAACCACACGCUGGACAACAAGACCAGCGUGGAAGAGGGCUACUAUUAUCUCAACAACUUCGACAACCUCCUGAACAGUUUUGUGACCUUGUUCGAGCUUACAGUGGUCAAUAACUGGUACAUUAUCAUGGAAGGGGUCACCUCUCAGACUUCCCACUGGAGCCGCCUGUACUUCAUGAUAUUCUACAUUGUGACCAUGGUGGUGAUGACCAUUAUCGUCGCCUUCAUCCUUGAGGCCUUCGUUUUCAGAAUGAACUAUAGCCGGAAAAACCAGGACUCUGAAGUAGACAGAGGCAUCAUCCUAGAGAAGGACAUUUCCAAGGAGGAGCUGAUGGCUAUAUUGGAGCUCUAUAGGCAGAUCCAGGGUUCUGCUUCUGACAUCUCUCAAUUCCUGAAAAUCCGCUCACAGAUGGAUAAAUACGGGCAAAACUCUGUGGUGUUUCUGGGAAGAAGGUCGAAGACCAAAAGCGACCUGAGCAUAAAGAUGUACCAAGAAGAGAUAAAGGAAUGGUAUGAGGAGCAUGCCCGGGAACGAGAGUUGCAGCACAGACAGGAGGGGCCCUUCAGCACGCUGCCCACAUCCCAGCAGUGCCCAGGAGGCCGCCCUCGCUCUCAGACCAUCAUCUAGCCUGCCCCAGCUAAUGAAAGCCAUUUCUUCUAUGCAAUAACACAAUAGUAUUAUUUUACAAUAAUGGGUUGAACUAUGUACCCGUGGGUAAAGUGGGUUAGAUUUUUAACCCCCCUGGGCCCACUCUCCAUUUCUCCUAACUCCAAAAGUAAGUAGCUUGGGAAGUGGCCCAGAUGGGCUUCCUCCACUGAGGUGACCUUAAGCUGCAGAAAAACCUAUUUUUAAAAAGAACCGACCCCUCACGCGGGCUGUGCCCAUAGCCACCUUCCCCAAACAGAUGGCCCCAAUGCACAGACUCAGGGGCUGAUCUGACACCCGCCAUCCCCCCACGUACCUCCCUGUCUCGGUGUAGGGACAAAACCACUGAAGAAAAGAAGCAGAGCCCCAGCGGUCCCCGUUUCUGUAGGAUCAAUGAUGACGUCAUGCCCUUGAACAGAAGGGCACCCAGUCAGGGGUGAAGAGCAGGCAGGGAGUGGGGCUGGGCACACAGGGAAACCGAUUCCCCAAGUGCUCAGGGACUGGGAAAGGCCACACUGACUCUUAAGGAACUCGAGGCUCCCUUCCAAAUGCCUUGGUUUCAGUCCUGUUAAAACCAUCUCCCAUCGUUCACCCAGCAAGCGUUCGUCCCAAAAGACAACCCUCAGGGGCCCGUAGAGGCAGGAGCCCCUCGUCACCCCUUGCCUGGCUGGGGACAGGCUGGACCCCACUUCGGGCACGGGAAAUGGAGCCAGGGAUAGCGUGGGCCGGGACUUCUCCUGGGAGCCCUUUCUCCAUUUUUAAGUUCGACUUGUGGCCUCGUCACAAGACUGGCCCAUCGUCCAGAUGAUGGAAAGGCUCCUGUUUAAUUAUGAAUUCUGCUUUGUUAUAGUCCGGCUAACUGAAGUCUUAAUGUGUCUUCAUUACUAAUGUUUAUAUGAACUCAUAUUAAUGCGUUGUAUGUAUCUCUGCGUAGGUCUCGUAUUGUCCUUUGAGAAGGGCCUCCCGUGAGCUUCCCAGUUACAGCGUAGCACACUCGAGGCCGGCUGGUGAGGGGCAACGCUCAGCCCCAGCUUCCAGCCCUUCUCGACCUUAAACUCUCCUUAGUCAUCCCUGGCAGCAGGGAGGAGGGCCCAGAGCCUAGGAGAGGCCGCCCUAAAGGGGGACGCACAAACCCCCCACUCCCGGGACCUUCAUUUGGCUUCUUGGCACCACCGUGCUUCCGGGCCUUGGGCUGGGCCACAGCCUGACUGCUCAUUGUGCCUAGCUGGGAGGUAGCUUCCUCAGAGCUCAUCUGGUUCAGACGGUGCCCAGACCCAAGCAGCCCUUGUUCGAGGGCUCCUGGGGCUGUCCCGGAGCGCCUCUUAGGUCAGGUAGCCAGAGCAGAGCCACAUCAUCCGCCUGGAGUGCUCUUUGUGGGGCGGGGGAGGCUUCCAGCAGUGGGGGACGGCAGCGGCCAGAGUUCCGCUCUUUGGAAGCCGCCUUUGGCCCCCUGCCUGUCCUCUUGGGCUUGGGAGCAAGGGUCACGGGCUCGGGGCCCUUCCUGGCAGAGGAGAAAGGAAAAGCAAAAUCCACAGUGACGUCUAGGUAGAAAACAGCAGCUGCUCUGGGCGUUUCACACCCCAGGCUUCCCGCUGCCCCCACUGCCCCACUGGAUGUGACGAGGACGAGUACCGUCUUCCUCUCACCAACAGGGAGCGGGCAGGCGGGCACCCCUCCCCUCCCCUCCCCUUCUCCUCACACUCCCAUAAGUGACGGGCCAGGCCACUCGUUCUCUCAUCUGGAAGCCAAGCUUGGGAAGGCAUUCUGAGAUCCGUUUGGGAUUUCCCCCCAUUUUUAAUUUUCUAAGUUCCUCCCCUCGAGUCUGAGAAUGAGAGAGACUAUCGAGGGUUAGAGAAGAGUAGGGUUGGGGCCCAGAAGAUAACCCUGCUCCUUUCUGGUUCCUGAUGUCAUUUAGGAGGCCCUUCCUAGCUGGUCUGGAGGGACCGAUAGAACAACCCGGCCCUCCAUCCCCAAAGGAAAAAACAAAGGCAACCAAGUGUUUGUACGUUGGAUAUCUGGGGCCUUUGGCGGAUGGAUUGGAUUCUGGAGACUAAUCAGAUCAAGAAAGCUUAAAGGCAAGGGGCAGCUAGGUGGCUCAGGAGAUAGAGCCCUAGGCCUAGAGACUGGAGGUUCUGGGUUCAAAUCUAACAUCAGACCUUCCCUAGUGGUGUGACCCUGGGCAAGUCACUUAAGCCCCAUCAUUGCCUAGCCCUUAUUGUUCUUCAACCUUGGGAUCAAUACAUAGUAUUGAUUCUAAGAUGGAAGGUAGAAGUUAAAAAAAAAAAAGCAAGCUGGAUCUUUGCAAUGAAAAUCUGCACCCUUCUCAGCCCUCUCAAGCUCAGCUCUGCCCCCUCCCCCCCACCAAGCACAAAAGUAGAGCUUCGAGCCCAUGCCGGGCCUGGAUGUGCGAUUCGUUAGUGAUGGUGAAGCUUUGGUACAGCUGGUCUGGAGAUGGUAGGUCCAGGCCAGGCCUGGGCGAAGGGUGCCCGUGGUGGUGCCCACAGGUCUGCCUGGGCGCCCAAGUGAAAAGCAGAAACCGAAGUAGAUGGAUGGUUCUGGAGCCAGAGGGGGCUCCACACCCCUUUCUCUAGCCAUGGAAACGGCUACCUUGCCCAAGGACACGAGCGAGUCUGGGCCCGAGCUGCGCCUUUGUCCCUGGCCCGCUUUGCACAGCGCACGAGUUUGGAGAGAACACCUUUGGGGUAAAGGUAUCUGCUCCUGACCCUCCUCGAUCCCCCUUCCCUUGCCCCCCGCCUUACUCAAAGCCACUGAGACAAUCAUUUUGUAUAGACGAGAGGCGCGCCGGGAGGUUUGUACGUUGGCGAUUUCUCUGAAUAACCAUCAGUACGAGGGUCUCUAGACCUUAGGCACAUGAAUAAAAGGAUGCCCUGCUUUGUAAA